AUGAUUGACAUUAAACCCAGUGUAUUAGAAUAUAAACCUCCCUUGACCACUCAAGCAACUGAGUAUGUCACUGUCACCAACAAUUCGGAUCAAGCAGUGGUCUUUAAGGUCAAAACAACUGCGCCUAAGUUUUACUGUGUGAGACCUAAUGCCGCUUUAGUGGCUCCCGGUGAACAAGUACAGGUGCAGGUUAUUCUCUUGGGCCUGGCCGAAGAGCCAGCUGCUGAUUUCAAGUGCCGUGACAAGUUUCUCGUUGUGACUUUGCCAGCUCCAUAUGAUCUGGGUUCUUCAAGCGUGACGGAAGCAUGGCCACAGUUAGAGGCCGAAUUCAAGCAACAUGCCGUUUCCAAGAAAAUUAAAGUCAAAUACCUACUAGGCGAAGAGGCGCCUAUUCAAGAAAAGAGUUCUGAAAAUGCUGAAGGCGCAGCCACCAAAGUGGUGUCCGAGCCUGACUCCAAGGACAUCCAGGGCGUGACGAGCGAACAAGAGAAACCUGCUGCUUCAGGUCCACUACCAGACCAGGUCAAAAAGAACUUGACCACUGGCUCUCAGAACGUGGACGAAAAGUCGUCAGGUUCCAAACCAGUGGGCUCUGCCGCAGCUGCAGCUGCUGAAGCUGUUCCAGUCAAACAGGAAACAUCUAUGAAUCCAAUUGUGAUACUGCUAGUGGCGUUGAUCGCACUGAUUUUAGGGUGGUUGUACUAUUAA